GCAGGAAGCCGGGGAGGGCGGCGUCCCGCGCCCAGGAAAGCCCCAAGCCCGGCGAGCCAGCGCCGGGCAACCCAGAGCUCCCCUACUUCCCGCCUGGGCGCCCUGUCGGCGAAUGGGACUGGAACGCUCAGGCCCCUCCCCAUCUCCCGAUGGGGUGCCUUUGCUCUUGGCUCCUGCUCCCUGUGAGCUGCCUGAUCCUGAUGUGGACGGCAGGCUCUGGGAGUAUCCGGGUCCUGCACAAACCCACCUGCUUCUCCGACUACAUCAGUAUCUCCACCUGCCGGUGGGAGAUGGACCGUCCCAUCAACUGCAGCGCUGAGCUCCACCUGUCCUACCUGCUGGACUUCGUGGUCCCUGAUAUCCACAGAAACUACACGUGUAUCCCCAAGAACAGCGAAGACACGGUGUGUGUGUGUGACAUGUACGCGGAGUACAUUGUUGGAGGGGACACCUACAAGCUGGACCUGUGGGCAGGGCCACAGCUGCUGUGGACAGCCCUCUUCCAGCCCAAGUUGCACGUGAAACCCAGGACCCCCGGCAACCUUACAGUGCACGCUGACUUGGACAUGUGGCUGCUGAACUGGAGCAACCCGUACCCAUCAGGGAGCUACCUGUUUGACACGCUGUCCUACAUGGUCAAGGUCUCUAGUGAAGAGGACCCUGCCGAUGUCAAAAUCUACAACAUAACCUACCGGGAUCCCAGCGUGCGCCUGGCUGCCAGCACCCUCAAGGCUGGGGUCUUCUACACAGCGCAGGUGAGGGCCUGGGCUGAAAGCUACAACAGCAGCUGGAGUGACUGGAGCCCUAGCGUCCGCUGGCAGAACCAGUAUGCGCCGCCCUUGGAGCAGCGCCUCCCGCUGGGCGUCAGUGUAUCCUGCGUGGUCAUCCUGUUCGUCUGCCUGGCCUGCUAUUUCAGCGCCAUCAAGAUUAAGAAGGAGUGGUGGGAUCAGAUCCCCAACCCCGCACGCAGUCACCUUGUAGCCAUCCUCAUCCAGGAGCCCCAGAUGUCACCGUGGGAGAAGAGGUCCCCGGGCCAGGACCCAGCCAAGUGUCCUCGCUGGAAAACAUGUCUGAGCAAACUCCUGCCUUGUCUCCUGGAGCACAGCAUGAAGAGGGAUGAAGAGGCAUCCAAGGGAGCCCGAAACGGGCCUCAUCAGGGCCCCAGCAAGGCCGCAUGGUGCCCUGGCAUCGCCAGCAAGAUAGUCCUGUGGCCGGAGAAUAUCAGUGUGGUGCAGUGCGUGCAGCUGGUGGAGGCCCAGGUGCCCGGCGAGGAGGAGGUCGUGGAGGAGGACAAAGCAGGCAGCUUCUGCUGCAACUCGCCCACAGGCAGCCGUGGCUUCCUGGAAGGCAGGGAGGGCAUCGUGGCCCGCCUCACAGAGAGCCUCUUUUUGGACUUGCUGGGGGACCAGGAUGGCCACUGCAUCCAGCCGAGCCUGGGGGAGUCGUCAGGUGGGACUGUGCAGAAGCCCCGGGCCCAGUCCCCAACCUCAGAGCUCACCAUAGAGGCAUCUGAGCCAGGCGAAGUGACUUCUCCAGCCUGGAACCCGGCUGGUGCAGUGAUCGUAGCAGAUAACCCUGCAUACCGCGGCUUUCAGGCCCAGUCCCCAAGUCCUGCCGAGCCUUCUCCUGACCCCACAUUGCUGGCCCAAAGCCUGGAGGAAGUGGACUCCAAGAGUCCUGGCAGUUCCCAACCUGCCAAGCUGGCCAGCAUGCUACAACCUGAGCCAACUUCAGGAAGCUGGGAGCAGGUGCUCCGCCAAUGUCUCCUGCAGCAUGGGGUGGCCCCAGCUCCCAUUCCCACCGGUGGCUACCGGGCAUUUGUGCCAACCACAGCAGAGAAGCCAGCCGGCCCUUCUGCAGAGGCUGGAUACAAGGCCUUCGCAAGCUUGCUGGCCAACGGGUCUGUCUGCGCAGAGACAUCGGUGCCUGGGGCCAGCGGUGGGGAGGGGGGUUAUAGGCCCUUCCAGGAACUCCUUCCCAGCACGUCUGGGGAACCAGCCCUGCACCCUUUGCCCCUGUUUACCUUUGGACUGGAUGUGGGGUCUCCCAGCAGCCCUCAGCCCUCACAGCUCCCCAGUAGCUCCCCAGAGCUCCUGUGUUUGCAGCCAGAUGGGGAGAGGCACAAGUCGCCGCCGCUGUCUCCGGAGCAGGCCACAGAACCCUUCAAGGAUGACCUGGCCAAUGGCAUCGUCUACUCAGCCCUCACUUGCCACCUGUGCGGCCACCUGAAACAGUGUCACAGCCAGGAGGAGGGUGGCCAGGCCCAGGUGGUGGCCGGUCCCUGCUGUAGCUGCUGCUGCUGGGGAGAAGGCCCCUCACCCCCCAGGAGUCCCCCCAGGGCUCCCCAACAAGCUCACCUCCCUGCAGCAUCCUUAGAGGAAGGAAAGGCCUCACCGGGCUUCUGGUCUACCCUGAACAAUGCUCAGCACUUAAGCCAGACCCCUCGGGUGGUGGGUCUGGAUUCCUAGGGGUCCACAUGCACAGGGUUUCCUAAGUAGCAAGCCUCUUGUAGUUGAGGUUUUCAGAUGAGGUCUGAAGGUAUUUCCAUGCCAGGCAGACAAAUUUCCCAAAGAUGGGGAGAGCCACGGCAGGAAGGAGUGACCUUGGCCAGACCAUGGGCCCUAGGGACUCUCCUGCCAUCAGUGUGUGCCACAUGCCAUGAAAAUAGGGGCCACUGGGCAGCUCUGACCCCACAGUGGUACCUGCCAGGGUAUGCUAGCCCCUAGCUGCCCCAGCAAAUGUUCCUGUGACAGCCCGUCAAAGGUUAUGCAUUCAUGCAUGAAGUCACAUCCUGCAUUUGGGACCUGGGGUGAGCUACCUCCAGCGACCUGAAUUGGA